AUGGCGGCCGGCGUCUUUCACGCAGGUGCUGAGGAGACUUUGACGCCAGGAAUGGAAUGGGAUGGUGAUGACCCGAUGCAGCAUCAGCAGCAGCCCAUCAGCGCUUCCAUGCUGAUGCUGCAGCACUACCACAACACUCCUGGAGGGUUACCCACCGGUAGGGAUCAUCUCCCCUCAACCAUCUCCCAGCGACAGGACUUUUUCUCCAGCAACUCCCAGCAACAGCAGCACCCGAUGUCUCUGCACGAUCCACACGCGUUGUCUUAUCAUCCUGGUCAUCUCAUUCCUCGCCCACCAGGCGCUGUAGCAGCAAACGCGGUUGCAGGAUCGUCAUUUAUGGGAGCAGCAUCCAUUCCUGUUGACGCAACCCAUGGUGUUUCCGCACGCGCAGUUGCAGCACACGGCGCGGUUCUUGGAGCACCAAUCCCCGCAUCAGAACGCCAGCCGCAGCAGCAGCCAGCAGCCUAUGAUCCAGCUCUCUUUUCCCCUGCGGUCGCGUUUCCUGCCGCGUUGCAGCCUAGAGGUCUGGCCGUUUCAUCUGCAGCAGCUGCUGGCAUGCGGCCCAUGGUUGUAGUGGGAUCAGGCUCUGGUGGUGCUGGUGCUGCUGCCUCUGUUAAUGCUACUACAGCUGUUUUUCAACUGGCCAAUUUUCAGCUGCCCGGGUUUCAGCUGCCCGGGAGGCCUCGCCCGCCGCCACCUGUCAUCACGCACACGUGGACGGGGCGAGCACUGCCGCAGCCUGCCGCCUCGGCCUGCUCCCCUGCUGCUACCGCUGCUACUGCUGCCACUGUUGCAACUGCCGCCACUGAUGCCACUGCUGCUACGGCUACUGCUGUUACUGCUACCACUGCUGGUUUUCCCAGAAGCUUCGUUCCGGCUGCUGUGCCCGGCAGUGGCUCUUUUGAGGAUGAUUCGGUAUCUGCAUCUUCAUCCUUCCCAUACCCUGGUGAUGUAGGGGUCGGUGGAGACACUAUUGUAACUGCUGCUGGUGGUGGUGUGGCUUCAGGGCGUGGCGACAGUGUGGGAGCAGUAACAACAGCAGCAGCUGUGAUGGCCGCAGUUUAUGGCAGUGCUGUUGCUGCUGCACCCCAGGCUGGUGCUGCAGCUGCAGGUUCCGGUGGUGCUAUGGAGAUGGAUUCUCACCAUGCUGGCAAUGCUGAAGCUUCUGAUGAUGCUGACAGCUCUGACGAUUCAGACUCUGCUGCUUCUGCCAGGGCAAGUGGGCAGCGCAGCACUAGCCAAGAUGGGUCAGACGCACAGUAA